AUGGCAUUCAAGAACGGACUUAGUGAACGCCUCGACGAGCUGCGAUUCCCUUCCCCAAGGUCGCCUCCCUCGGAGUCCCCUUUCCCUGGCUAUAAUUCGCUCUCCCCGGGCCACUCCAAUUUCGUCUCGGCUUUCUCGCGACCCUCGGGCGAUGUUCGAGGGAAUCUUCAGCGCCGCUUUACAACAGAUUCCAGCAAGCUCGCUUCCUGGAGUCAUCUGAACCAUCUCGGGAGCAGCUCUCAGCUCCCGGCUCCAGAUCACCUGGAUCUGCUUUCAUCGUUUGAGAAGAAGCGCCAGCACAUUGAAUACAUGCGGGAACAAAGGAGGAGGUUUGAGGAAGAUAUGAAGCUUUUAGACAUGCAACAUGAGAAAGAAAAGCAAGAUUUGGAGCGGAUUGCCGAGAACCUGGCCAAGGUUGGCAUGUCUGGCCCUGUCAGCGAACCUACGACACCCCCAGAGUACCGUGAGAAUAGCUAUCCCGCUUUCACACGCCCUACUCGGUUCUCAACUUCAAGUGUUACUUCCUCUCCUGGCUUCUUCAAUGUCUUUGCACCUGCUCAAGUCACUACUCCGCCGAGCCAGGUGAAUCACAACUCUGCUCAAACACCAACCAAUCGUUUCUCCGUUCACUCUGUUCCUGGCUCUCGAAGGAACUCAGAGAAGGAGGACUUCACUCAAGAACCUACUUCACCUUUCCGUCCAGGCCCAUCGUAA